AUGUUCGUCGAAGAAUACGAGCCAACUAAAGCGGAUUCGUAUCGUAAAAAGGUGGUGCUCGACGGUGAGGAAUGCUCUAUCGAUAUUCUGGAUACGGCUGGUCAAGAGGACUAUUCGGCCAUUAGGGAUAAUUACUAUCGCAGUGGUGAAGGAUUCAUUUGUGUAUUUUCGAUAACAGACAGUGAAUCGUUUGAUGCAACCAACGAAUUUAGAGAACAAAUUCUGCGCGUCAAGAAUGCAGUCGAUUCAUCGAUUCCGAUAAUGCUGGUGGGGAAUAAGAGUGACUUGACUCAAGAGAGGUGCGUAUUGCAAAUCCAGGCACAGCAAAGGGCUGAGCAGUGGGGCAUCCCUUACAUCGAGACUUCGGCCAAGAACAGAACCAAUGUCGAUAAGGUGUUUUAUGAUUUAAUGCGAGAAAUAAAGCGACGGAAAGGUGGAACGUUGCGUAUGAAUAUGCCUGGCGGUGAUACCUUGCCGCGGGAUAAAACACGUAAAAAGAGGAAGUGCACUAUUCUUUAA